AUGCAAGACCCAGACUUGCGAGAGGUUGGUGCUAUAUCGUACUGGAUCGAGGUGAUAUCGCAAUAUUUGGGCGCAACAACAAAUCACAGUGCCACCUCCGUCGGCAGCAGGAGGAGUAGUAGUAACGAUGCAGUUACCAUCUCAGAACCGGCUGACCCUGCGCUGCUCCUGUUCCAAGAGUGGAGCAGACCGGUAGGAUGUACGUCCCAGCAACAUGAAGAGGACCACUCCUCCCAGUUGGCGGAUGCAACUACAAAGCGAGGCGUCUCUCCAAACUGUUCUUCUCUAUUAGAUAUUGCAAAGAGGUUAGAGGGUGUGACUGGGGAGGAUGGCACAAACGGGCCACUACCUUGCGUCCUUGACCCAGCGAAGGAUCUCUUAAGGUCCGGCAUGCGGGAGUCCUUAUCAUCGGACGCUGACCCAACACGCUAUAGCGAACCCUGCAAAGCCGCCAUGGAAGGCUUGGUAGAGGGUGAACAAGAUCCGCCCUAUCUAUGCAUGCAUUCCAACCAUAGCGCUCGACGUCUGGAAGAUGACAGGAUAUCGUCGUCCUACGACAUCGAUAGUCUUUGCAGCUUCCCCACGUCCCUUGGCGUGGCCCGGCUGGGGAUUCAGUGGUACACUCAGUCGCAUGUCACGCUCAACCUAGUCGACAAUGUCCAUCUGAGCAUGGAAAUCCCAGGUACGCGUGAGCAAGAUGGCACAGUGACAACCCAGCCUCUCCAUACCAUCCCCAACUACUGCCUUGGACGUGUCAUUGGCCUUGCGGAUACGUUCAUCUGGGCCUUCUUCCCUGCCCUUUUCUCCGGCAAGCUCUCCGAUCCUUAUAGCCAGACCUGUAUUCCCAAAAAGAACUUCGUGCACUGGUACGAGGAGGUGAUGCUGCCCGCCAUACAAGCUGUUGUCGAUGACAAUAACAUACUCCAGUAUAUCCCAAAGACACAUGCCAUCGCGUCUUCGGACUGCAGUGCGCCCCGGGAAGCGUUAGUAGCUCUGGCGGUGGCGGAGGAAGAGGAGGCCGAUAUGGAAGAAGAACUGGAUGGGUUUACCGGAGCGAAAAGACGAGACGGUCCGGCCGCACAGCCAGGGUCACGACGCAAGCACUUCUACGUCACGCUUCAGUCCCGCUACCUCGCAGCUUUAUGGGAGGAGAUACAUUCCAGGGCUGCUCUCUGGCCUGAAUAUGCAGGGUUGCGACUCUACAUGGCUGCUAAGAACACCAAACUGACAUGGAUGCGGCCCACGUUCGAGUCGGCACUCGCGGAGUGGCAGCACCACUGGAAUUCUGCGGUUGACGAGGCGUACAUUGAUCCGGAAGUCACUUACAUUGACAUCGGCCGCCAGAUGACCCCGGCCGAUACAGGACCACAUGGGCGCGUGCUUAUCUGGCGCCGUUGCUGCAUGGAUAGGCUCUGGCGUCGCCGGCUACAGUGGAGCCGGAUCCAAAAUCGGCUGUAUCAUCGUGAGGAAGACGCUUGCAAGGACGAAUCGGGCAAACGUCAGGCUCCGCCAAUCCCCAGGACGACCUAUCCGUUUGUUACUCUUCGUGAUGCGAGAGACAUGACCAUCACUCCUAGUUCAUCAAGCUGGGAGCUUCGAAAUGGUCUCGUGUAUAGCCAGUUCUACAACCUCAUCAAGGUUCCCUUCGAUGCAGCUAAGCAGUACCCGUUCCAGAACCGCCACACCGAGAGCAUGGCGCUAGACCCAUCGUACCUCAGAGAUCAACGUAACUCCACACGAGGGGCACAUGCCCACCAGUCCCGAGUACAAUGUGCCUACCGUCUGAGCAAGCUCCGUAUUCAUCGCAAUGUUCCCGCUGUCGACCAGAAUGAGGAUGAUGAUGGUGAUGAGAUACAACAUGAGGGAUCAACACAUCAUCCUUUCACAUAUGGUAUACGUGCAGAGGAUAGGGUAUCAUUGGCCCUUCUACGGCGCAUCACUGGUCUGUUCUCAUCUAGCCCCUCGCAAGAUGGGUCAGGCGAUGAUGAAGAUGAAGAGAGGGACCAUCCAUUCUUCUCCGUUUCUUCUCAAACGAUGGCCCGUUUUCUCCGUGCUAGCGUCAAUCGAUAUUGUUUUCUCUUCGAGUAUGUAAAAUCGCAGACCAGCUUGAAAUAUUCACUUCCCGAGACUGUUGUCAUGGCAGCAGCGCUUCGUGGACUUCGGUUCAGCUACGAUUGCUCCCUCAUCGCGAAAAAAUCGGUACUCUGGGGAGAUAAAUGGACGUCGACGCAGCGUGUUAGGGUUGAGGGUGGAGAGGCACGGAUCACCAAGGUAGAGCGAGAAGGGCUAGGUCUGAACAAGACGUCUACGUCGCAUGGCUUUGGUUGGUGGCUACCAGGGAAGUUUGACUGGAGUAUCUGGCGGUUUGCUUCCGAUGUUGGCGAUCGGCUCGCCGUAGGCAACGACCUCCUACGUCAGGAUUACAAGCGUCAAUGGAGAGUCCUCAAGGAUAUUCGAGAUGUCCACGUUCGCAUGUGGCAAGCCCAGAGUUGGUUAGGGCGAUAUCGAGUGCAGGACGACGCGGUGGCAAAGAGACUGUGGCUCGAAUACCUACACUCCACAGUCAUCGAACUCUUUCAGCGGGAUGUCUGGCGUGUGGCCUUGAAGAGCGUCAGCUGGAAGACGGGCUCCGAUGUGACGGACGAAGCGUCGAUGAAAUAUCCAGAGUCUAGCCCACCAAGCUUCUGCUACGAUGGGCUAUCGAACCUGUUCCACGACCGCCAACGUGAUGUGAGCCACACGAGACCGCACCUUGUCGCUGGCAACAAAAUACGGUCGACAAGCAUGAAGGAUCUCUUCGAUGACCUAUUCUCGCCGAGCUCUACCGGCACGGCUAUGAAGCGUCGGAGAGGGUGGGCUUCGCUGCCCUAUCGUAUCGCGACUCGUCGAAGCAUCGAGCUCGUGGAGAUGGCGCUUGGGGCGGCGGCCGCAACACAGUGGUACGCACAGCUUAGGCGAAUUGUGCUAUUGACACAUUGGAUUCUGCCCUGGCCGUCAGACACAGAGCUUCUAACGACGACAAAAGAAAGUAGGGCUACCAAUCUCAAACGCCGGCUUACUUGGGCCUCGGUUGUCCACAUCACUCCAUCUUCCAAGUCUACAGGGCACGUCGAGCCUGCUGUACCGACGCGAAAGGUCAACGACGCAGACCGUCAGGUCUCCACUCAAGACGAUCUAUCGCAACUACUAUCGGAAGCAUGCAGGCGUCGGUUCGGGGAUAAUGGCUGGGCAAGUAGUGCAGACAAUACAAAACCGUGCUACCACUGGUCCACUGGAGACUUGAUCAGCAGCACGCGCGACUGUAUUGGAAUUGAUACGCUUCGACUUGGCCGUGCUGUUGGGGCAUAUAAUAGAGGUUGUAUCUUUCCCGUAGUAGAGAACGGCCAUCCGCCCCAAUUACGGAUGGUCACGCGUAUUCGAGAUAAAACCCUAGACGAGCUCAGCCAGGUUUUCAGCGAGCUACUGGAGGUUGGCAACGUUCAUCCUAGCUCUCCAGGGGGGAGCAUCACACCCGAAAUUGGACAGUCUCGCGUAUCAUUUUCGCGUUCCGCGAUAUGGCAAGCUGAGCAAGAAGCUUCGAGAGGUCCAGCAGCACAGCCACGAGGAUUCCGUUAUCUACAGCUGCUAGCUAGGAAACGUCCACGAACAGCGGAGGAGCGGGAAAGACUCCGGAGACAUUUCCGACGACGUGGCUGUGUACGAGUUGGUAAGGUUGUCGUCGGUACGGAUUCGAUCCAUUCGGACGAUACGGGUUCGAGCGCGCAGACAGAGGAGACAGACCAGUCGUGGAGACCACAGAAACGUUUGAGAAAGGCAGUCAGGGACCAGAUGAUAGUCAGGCUAGAGUAA